AUGGACCCACCUCGAGUAUCAACAACACAGCAGACCAAGCCUUCAUAUUCAUCGCUCAAUUCAACAUUUCGCCAAAACGGCAGCAAUCGAACAAUCUCACAUCUUCAAAACGAGAGUCAAGGUCCUGAAUAUGGCGCUGGACGCCUGGUCCCUCAUACCCCGGGCGAAUCUACAGCGCCGGGUGAUUCGGGCUUAAAUGCCGCCGUCUCUCCAGAUACACCACCUGUGCCGCAUAUUCCAGUCAACCUGCCGCGUCCUGCUGACAGUUCGGAUUCGAACGGUGAAUGGCCGUCCGACGCUCGCUUGACCAGAGAAACACAGAUUGAGCGGUCGCGCAGAGAAGCUGCUCGCUCUAGUCAGCAGAGACGAUCGUGCAUGCCAGCCCUCAGAGACAGAAGUAUAAGGAGGCGGCUAUACACACUGAUCCCAGCCACCAUCUUCCUGCUCGCUAUUAUCGCUUUCUACCUCGCAAUACACUCCGCGACACACCUCGGUCAGGAAAUUCAUAUUCUAUUGAUCUUCAUGAUCUUGAUUCUCUCCAUCAUCUUCUGCCAUGCUUUGAUUCGCUUCGCUAUGGAGAUCCUGCAGGACCCCAGGUCUGCUGUUGCGAGUAAUCGCAUACCCAGUAGAGUAGGCCCAAUGGGAUAUGCUCAGCCAGAUCGCCCCAUUCAGGUCACGCUUGCGGGAGAUGAGGAAGCUUUGGUCGACGGCGCCGUACGGGAAAAGGUCACGGCUCCCCCUCCAGCAUAUGGUCUAUGGAGAAGUAGCGUGAGAAUCAACCCUGAUCUCCUCUAUUGGCGGCGUCUAGAGGACGAUGAACUUCCACUCGCCGCUGUCAACGGGAUGGAGAGGUCGAACAGGAAACCUUCAGCGCCUAGACCUCCUAGUUACACAUCCGAUGAUGGUGUCGAUUACGUGAUUCAAGCUCAACCACGACCUUUCACUACCCGACAUGAUACGGAGGAUCCAGUGCGUCAGUAA